AUGACCCUUGUGGGCAACGUCAAAGACAAAUGCGCCAUCCUAGUCGACGACAUGGCCGACACAUGUGGAACCCUCGCCAAAGCCGCCAACACCCUCCGCGAACACGGCGCGUCCUCAAUCGUAGCGCUGGUCACGCACGGCAUCUUCUCCGGCAACGCCUUGAAAACCCUCAACGACUGCGACGCCCUCAGCCGCGUCGUCGCCACCAACACCGUGCCCUUCUCCGAGAAGCGAAAGCGGUGCCCCAAGUUGGAGGAGAUCGAUGUUUCACCCACGCUCGCGGAGGCUUGUAGACGAACGCAUAAUGGCGAGAGCGUGUCUUUCUUAUUCAGCCACGCGCCUAUGGAGUAG